UGAAAUUGGAUUGUGUCCUGUUUGCAGUACAUCAAGCCAAGGGGCCACAAUGGCUGACACUGAGACUAAGAAGAUGAAGAGGAAGCACCUCAAGCUGUAUUCUAAGGCUACGUUUACCGGCUACAAGCGUGGCCUCAGGAACCAGUACGAGACCUUUGCUCUCCUGAAGCUGGAGGGAACCUUCAAUAAGGAGGAUGCUAAACACUACCUUGGCAAGCGCUGUGUCUACGUUUACAAGGGCAAGAACAAGUCUCGGGUGCCGGGAGCGCCCAACCAGCACAAGAACCGCCUGCGUGCCAUGUGGGGCAAGGUGGUGCGGAUCCACGGCAACAGCGGCUCGGUACGCGCGCAGUUCAAGCGCAACCUGCCUCCGAACGCUAUGGGCAAGACUGUGCGCGUGAUGAUGUACCCCUCGAGGAGCCAGUGAUCCAAUACAGUGACUCGACCACA